AUGAAGAACUUGUUCCAAAAUAUUGGAGUUUGGAAUAUUGUCGAAACAGGAUAUACGAAACCGGUAGCAGGUAUAGAAUUAUCAAGUGAUGCAGUUAAAGAAUUAGAGAGAAAUAGACAGUUGGAUUACAAGGCAAUGUAUUAUCUCAACACUCAAGUCCAGUUGCAUGUUGCAAAAAAAUUUAUACAUGCAAAGUCGGCAAAAGAGGCUUGGAAAAUUUUAGUGAACUCAAAUCGAGGUGCUACUAAAAUGAGCAAAAUCAGAUUGCAGGAACUUAGGAGACAAUUUGAGUUGGCCCAAAUGAAAUCCACGGAAUCAAUUAAAGAUUUUAUUGGUACAAUUAAAGAAAUUUUCAAUGAUAUGGAGUCCAAUGGUGAAAAUUUGGAAAAGGUUAGAGUUGUUGAAAAAGUUCUGAGAUCUCUAACUGCCAAAUUUUACACCAAGAAGACGGUCCUUGAAGCCACAAAGGACUUUGAAAAUUUGUCACUUGCUGAAUUGGAAGGUGAAUUGCUGACGUAUGAGAUGUCCCUGAAUCAGCAGCCAUCAGAUACGGUAGAGGAGGUAUUACAAGCCAAGGUGGAUCACCCAAAAGGAAAAGAGGAGGUGAAUCGUAUGGACACAAAUCAAUGGGGCCAGAACUUCAGGGGUAGAGGACGUGGAGGCAGAGAUAACUUUCGUGGUCGUGGAGGAGAUUAUUUGAGAAAGAAAUUAGAUGACAAAGCAGAGAAGUGUAUUUUUAUUGGAUAUAGUCAUGAGACUAAGGGGUAUAAGUUAUUCAAUCCAAACACAGGAAAGGUGAUUGUUAGCAGAGAUAUAAUGUUUGAUGAACAUGGAGUUUGGGAUUGGUCCAGGAAAGAUCUUAAGACAUCGCCAAAGUAUCCAUCCAUUUCUCCCAUUAUGGGACCGAGUGCUAGUAAGCAAGUAGUGGAGCAAGUUGUGCACUCUUAUGGUGAUCCCUCAACUUCUACUAUUCAGGUUGAGACAUCCAGCCGACCAUAG